AUGUCGGAGUGGAGUGAUGCGAACAUUUGCGAGCUACGUGCGAGUAUUACUGCAAUGUUCGGGGGAGGAGACGAGUUCAUAUUACAGGUCGGCAACGCACUCGUAACUCCUCCGUUGCGGGUGUCCAUGGGCGGCGCCGAUUGCUUACCAUCAGUAUACUUCGUGGACCUGGUGAUCAAGAAGAUCUUCAUCCUGAAGCUGAUAUACGCCUUCGCGUUCUGGCUGUUGCUCCACAAAGCUGGUUAUAUCUUCGGCUGGUUCCUCAGCUACAUUAAAGAGAAACCGGAGUACCAUGGUCAUCAUGACCAUCACCAUAUAGAGUAUGGUCCCCCCGGGCCCUACAGACGAGGAGGUCAAAAGCCAUAUAAUCCUUAUUCUAGUCCUAGUAGGAAAGUCAACCCGUAUUAG